AUGGAAAAUCCAAAUUCAUUGGUGUUGUGGGAAGCUCAGUUCGGUGAUUUUGCAAAUGGGGCUCAAGUGAUAUUUGACCAGUUUUUGAGUAGUGGAGAGGCCAAGUGGUUGCGACAGACUGGCUUAGUUGUGAUGCUACCUCAUGGUUAUGAUGGCCAGGGCCCUGAACAUUCAAGUGCACGAUUGGAGCGCUUCCUUCAGAUGAGUGAUGAUAAUCCAUUCGUAAUACCAGAGAUGGAUCCAACUCUUAGGACGCAAAUCCAGGAAUGCAAUUGGCAGGUUGUGAAUGUAACCACUCCGGCAAAUUAUUUCCACGUACUGAGACGUCAAAUACACAGGGAAUUCCGAAAGCCUCUCAUUGUGAUGUCUCCAAAGAAUUUGCUUCGCCACAAGGAUUGCAAAUCCAAUCUUUCUGAAUUUGAUGAUGUCCAAGGCCAUCCAGGUUUUGACAAACAAGGGACCAGAUUUAAGCGCCUAAUAAAGGACCAGAACUACCACUCAGAUCUCGAGGAGGGUAUCAGACGUUUGGUUCUUUGCUCAGGAAAGGUUUACUAUGAGCUUGAUGAAGAGAGGAAGAAAGUUAAUGGCAAGGAUAUUGCAAUAUGUAGGGUGGAGCAGCUUUGUCCAUUCCCAUACGAUCUUAUCCAGCGCGAACUGAAGCGUUAUCCAAAUGCAGAGGUUGUUUGGUGCCAGGAAGAGCCGAUGAAUAUGGGUGCAUACAGUUACAUCGCACCCCGCCUUAGCACUGCCAUGAAAGCCCUGGGCAGAGGUAGCAUGGAUGACAUCAAAUACGCAGGCCGUGCUCCAUCUGCUGCAACAGCCACUGGUUUCUAUCAGUUCAUGGGAAAGAGCAGAGUGAACUCGUUCAGAAAGCUCUUCAGCCUGAACCAAUUAAUCAAUCCUAAUUGA